CCGUCAGCUGCGCCGGGCCCUGACAACAAAGGGCUCCGCGGAGGCGGCGGGGCUGGGGCGGUGCGGUGUCGGUUUCACGUAAACUGUUUACAAGUCAUGCUUUCGCAUGUCCUGUACCUAAGCUGAUAAAGCAUCUAUGCACUUUAAUCUCAAGUCUGUGCCACUCUGCUAGUAGUGUGAGCUGUGCCUUGAACCUUGGAUAUAAAGACCUACCAGCCAAAGUCUUGUUCCUGCCUUAGUAAUGUUCCAGAGGUUAAAUAACAUGCUCAUGGGAGAGAUUGAUAGCUUGUCCAGCCAAGAGCCAGAGUUCAGUGAGAAGGAAGAUGACGAGUGGAUUCUGGUUGACUUUAUAGCAGACACUUGCACUAAUUGCUCCGUGGAGGAAGCAGACCUCGUUGAAGCAUCGGCCACGGACAGCUCGCCCGUCUUCUCUUGUUUAUCAUCUCCCCUGGAACACUUGCCGGAGGCCAGCGAGUCCUGCUUCAUCCAGUUUGAGUCAUGUCCUAUGGAGGAGAGCUGGUUUAUUACCCCUCCCCCAUGUUUUACUGCAGGUGGAUUAACCACUAUCAAAGUGGAGACCAGUCCCAUGGAGAACCUCCUGAUAGAGCAUCCCAGCAUGUCUGUGUAUGCUGUCCACAACACCUGUCACAGCCUUAAUGAGGCUGCAUGUGGGGAUCAGGAGUUUCACAGCCCAGGUAGCCCCAGACAGGAGGCCCGAAAUGAAACAGGACAGCGUGUUCACUGCUAUGUCACGGCUCUUGCUACUAGUUCAACUUUUCUGGAAAAAAGCAAGAGCUUUCGUCCUACCCACUGGAUAAAAGAACAUAAUGAAAGACACUGUCUCAACAGGAACAGUCUCCGUCGCCAAAACCUCGCCAGGGAUUGCCACUCUCGGCAAAUCAAGCACAACGGACUGUUUGUUCACCAGCCUUGCCAGCGUCAGUUCAAUUACUGAUGGCUCUUGUGGUUUUAAUCUAUGGCCUAAUUGUUUCUUAGGUUGCUUUUGUUUUCAUGUGUAGGUAAGUGUGGUCAAUCUGAAGCUGAUUGUCAAUCCCUCAAACACAAUCAUAACUAGUGUUGCAUUAUUUUCAAAAGACACGUAAAUCUCCGAACAUCUUGCAUCAAGUUCUAAAUGUUGAUGUUAAAUAUCAAUGUCUUGGAAGCCUAUCAGUAUGAUAGUUUGUGUGCUGUUUUAUAAACUUUGAUGUAUAGAUGGGUUCUUAGUUGGUAUUUUAAAGAAAUUUGAGAUGGAAAUCAGUUACAUUUUGCAUUAAUCAAAACGAAGUUAGAAAAUUUGAGGUUAGCCAUGUGCUUUAAUGACCAGUACUUGACAGCUUGUGUAUCUGUCUGUAUUCAGCAUAUAUGAUUACUUUCUGACAAGGAAAUUCUACAGCUGCCAGUGGAUAUUACAUAGCUGUGCUGAGCUGUUUCAAGAAGGACAUCUCAUCUAAAUUCCUAGAACUUGUGUUAGUGGGGGCUGUGUAGGUGUGCUGGGUACUUGGUAUGGAUAUUGAAAGAGGGUUAAAUGUCCCACCAACAUUGUUGCAGUACAAUAUGGCACCAGUGUUACAGAUGUAGUACCUCACAGUGGAGUGGGAAGAAAAGUGAACCCUUGGGUAACAUGCAGAUGCACAACACAGAACUGAACUGGGCUUUACCAGAUAAAGUUUGAGUUUCUCUAACUAUUUCUGUCUUUGAAGCAUGUAUUUCCCCUACCCUAUCUCAUUUAAUCUCUAGUCUAGUUAAAGGAGAAAGAUGGUGGAUUGACCAUUCUUUUAACCUAUCAGUAGCUGACUGCUCUUCAAAGAAGUCAGACUGAUAGACAGCUAUUUCUGAGCUACAAAUGGCUAUUAGAUUGUCUCAUAUUCACAGAUUGAGAGUAGCUCAGAAGUCGCUAGAAGGAAGCUUUUAUUCCAAGUUCUCCUAAUUUUCUCUCUUUUUCUCUAUGAAAAUGAAAUCCAAGUUAAUGGGGACUGGAAAUGAAGGGCAGUGUGAGGUAGGGGGAAUUGGAUGCUGAGCUAAAUACAGUGAUAACAGUAUAUAAAAAUUGAUCAAUCAGCUGUGGUUGUUCUCCUAGCCCACUGGGGGCAGAAGGACUUAAUAGCAAUUCCAUGGGCCAACAGGAAAGAAAAGCCAUUCAAAACUAUCAAGUAGUUUUCUUAAGAGCACUGAGCAAGAUGUUUUGGGAGUUGGCAGGCAGUGCCAACUACAACUGCAGGUAAAGUUCACCUGUUAACAAAAGCUGUGUUACACAGCAGCCAGUGGUAUGCUGGACCCUGCUAGAUCAGUCUGGGAAGUGGAUUGAAUGGGAAUGGACGUAAGGAAGCAGAAAUCUUCAGUGAGAGGAGGGGGGGGGAACCAAAAGUAAGUUUAUCUUCCUUUCUGCCAGUGCUUAAUGUGAUUUGCUGUUUUCCCUUGUGUUUAGUGCCUAGGGCAUUACAGUGUUAACAUUACACUCAGCUGUGUCUUCCAGUAGUCCUUACACAGAAAUUGGUACAAGGAGUCAUGUGAGGAGUCCUUGAAAUAAGACAAGGUCAAUAAUGUGAAUUGUUCCAGACUUAAGAAGUAUUUAAAUUCAGCCAGAUGCUUCAAUUUCACUGAAGCAAAGCCCCAGCAAUUCAAAUUGACCUUGAUGUAGUGGUACUGUUGCGUGUUCUGCAGCUGAAAUUGUUGUGGAGCCUACUUAGCAUACAGGAACAGCAUUCAUAGCCUACAUUUCGCUGCAGAUGUCCUGCUUCACUGCAAUUAGGAUUGUCACAAAGGGAUGUUGAAAAUAAUUAAAUGUACAAAAGUAAGAGGUGCUUUCCUGGAUACGCUAGUUUUUGGGGUUUUGUUGUUUGGUGAUUUUUUUUUUUUGACAAGUUGAAUUCACAUGGACACUGAAAGAAAACAAAAUUGGUCACACCAUGAUUUUCCAAAAGAGAUACUUUGUUACUGCUGUUUUAGCAGUAUGUGCCCAUGUCCAUACAACAAUUCUCAUGUGGUCCAAAUACUUUGGUUUAUCUGCAAAUAGCUGUAGUUUCACCAGUCUCUUAUCUGUUCACAAGUACUCUUACUUGCCUCAGAUUAUCUACCUACCUUUAUCACUCCAACUUUUUGUCUAGCUUAAACUUCCUUAUCCUUGCUGCCAACUUUCUAGCUCAGGAAAAUUCUUUGCUUUCCUGUAUUACUUUUCUUUAUAUAAAAGUAACUACUUUCCUUCAGCUUUAAUUUUCUUAAAGUGCAAUGAAGGAAGAUGGAGCCUCCACCUCCCUGUGUCGGAAGGAGUAAGUAAUCCCUUAACUCCUAAUGGGGAGGUGGAGCUGAGAGUAUAAGGCUCCCAGGCAUUAAAAUGAGAGCCUUGGUCUGUUCUUCUCAGUAGGCAAGUAAAUGCAACUUUAGACUGCUCCUAGAAUUGGGAGAUACUGAUCUUUUUAUACUGCAUUACUAGAUGACUUUCUGGUGAUGAAAACCUAUAUCUUUCAGGAUAUAAACUAUUUUGUUGCACAAAGCUGUGCUUCUCAAUUUGUAAUAUUGGAACCAUAUUAUUGUGUGAGAUAGUACUACAUCAAUGGCUUUUUGUUAAUUUGUUUUACGUAUUUAUGUUGGUCUAGCCCUGUUUUGUGCCUGGAGCUAUUGGGCAAUUAGAUUUGUUUUGGUUUACUGUUUUAAUAGUGAGCUGUGUGGCUUUUUAUAUGGUUUUUUGAAUUGUAUUAAAGUGUGUUUUUUCUUGUAAAAGUGGAGGCCUUGCACUGUCUCAUACUGAUUGAUAUUCAUGAAUCUUGCGAAAUUGUAUUUUCAUAUGUAUUGGUCAAUGGACAGAUUUGCAUUUUAAACUGUGCCUUCUACACAGCAAACUUGAAGAUUCAAAAGGGACAUUUCAGUUGGGAUUAAUACUGUACAUCAGUCUAUGCAUAUAUGGCAGCUUCUCUCCAGAGCCACUUCUCUAUUUGUAGCAGUCCUUUUGAUAUGGAAGAAUCUGUGGCUCUUAUUUUUAAUAGUUUAACACAAGCUGAAAACAGACAAAAUACAGCACUUUGCCAAAAAAGGUAGCAUUGCUUAACCAGUGUGUAUUUACUAAAGUGAUCUUCUGUAUUUUGUUUUCAUGGUGCGUUCUGCGCACUGUGGGGAAACAUGAUCUUAACUCUCAAUAAAAA